AUGGCAUAUCAACUCCUGGUGUCAGUGAGAACUAUAGCUACUCUACAUUGUAUAACUCUUACUUUGUUAUAUCUUGAAUCUGUUGGGACUGAGGAUGAGGAUGAUGACCUCCAGUAUGCUGAUCAUGAUUAUGAAGUACCACAACAAAAAGGAUUGAAGAAACUCUGGAACAGAGUAAAAUGGACAAGAGAUGAGGAUGAUAAGUUAAAGAAGUUGGUUGAACAACACGGAACUGAUGAUUGGACUCUAAUUGCUAGUCAUCUUCAAAAUCGUUCAGAUUUUCAGUGCCAGCAUCGAUGGCAGAAAGUUUUAAAUCCAGAAUUGAUAAAGGGUCCCUGGACUAAAGAAGAAGAUCAGAGGGUUAUUGAAUUAGUUCAGAAAUAUGGGCCAAAAAGAUGGUCUUUAAUUGCAAAACAUUUGAAAGGAAGAAUAGGCAAGCAGUGUAGAGAAAGAUGGCAUAAUCAUCUGAAUCCUGAGGUAAAGAAAUCUUCCUGGACAGAAGAGGAGGACAGGAUCAUCUAUGAAGCACAUAAGCGGCUGGGAAAUCGUUGGGCAGAAAUUGCCAAACUGCUUCCUGGAAGGACUGAUAAUUCUAUCAAAAAUCAUUGGAAUUCUACCAUGCGAAGAAAAGUGGAACAGGAGGGCUACUUACAAGAUGGAAUAAAAUCAGAACGAUCUUCAUCCAAACUUCAACACAAACCUUGUGCGACUAUGGACCAUUUGCAAACCCAGAAUCAGUUUUACAUACCUGUUCAGAUCCCAGGCUAUCAGUAUGUGUCACCUGAAGGCAAUUGCGUAGAACACGUUCAGACGACUUCUGCCUUUAUUCAGCCACCCUUCAUUGAUGAAGAUCCAGAUAAGGAAAAAAAAAUAAAGGAACUUGAGUUGCUUCUUAUGUCAGCUGAGAAUGAAGUUAGAAGAAAGCGAGUUUCAUCGCAACCUGGAAGCUUUUCUAGCUGGUCUGGUAGUUUCCUCAUGGAUGAUAGCAUGUCUAAUACUCUAAAUAGCCUCGAGGAGCACACUAGUGAGUUUUACAGUAUGGAUGAAAAUCAAACUCUGUCUGCUCAGCAGAAUUCACCCACAAAGUUCCUGGCCGUAGAGGCAAAUGCUGUGCUGUCCUCUCUACAGACCAUCCCAGAAUUUGCAGAGACUCUAGAACUUAUUGAAUCUGAUCCUGUAGCAUGGAGUGAUGUUACCAGUUUUGAUCUUUCUGAUGCUGCUGCUUCUCCUGUCAAGUCUACCCCUGUCAAACUAAUGCGAAUUCAACACAAUGAAGGAGCCAUGGGAUGUCAGUUUAAUGUCAGUCUUGUACUUGAAGGGAAAAAAAACAGUUGUAACAGUACAGACAGUGAGGCUGUUCCUGUAACAUCCCCAAAUGUGGCCAAGUUUAGCACUCCACCAACCAUCCUCAGAAAGAAGAGAAGAAUGCGAGUGGGUCAGUCCCCAGGCAGCGAACAUAGCGAUGGCUCCUUCAAUGAUGGUGGUAAUACAGCACUAAAACACACACCGGUGAAAACACUACCAUUUUCUCCUUCACAGUUUUUCAACACAUGCCCUGGAAAUGAACAAAUUAAUAUAGAAAAUCCUUCAUUUACAUCAACCCCUAUUUGUGGGCAGAAAGUUCUCAUUACUACUCCUCUUCAUAAGGAAACAACCCCCAAAGAUCAAAAGGAAAAUGUAGGGUUUAGAACACCUACUAUUAGAAGAUCUAUAUUGGGUACCACACCAAGAACUCCUACUCCUUUUAAGAAUGCGCUUGCUGCUCAAGAGAAAAAAUAUGGACCUCUUAAAAUUGUGUCACAGCCACUUGCCUUCUUGGAAGAAGAUAUUCGGGAAGUUUUAAAAGAAGAAACUGGAACAGACAUAUUCCUCAAAGAGGAAGAUGAACCUGGUUACAAAAGCUGCAAACAGGAGCAUACAGCUUCUGUAAAGAAAGUCAGAAAAUCACUGGUCUUAGAUAAUUGGGAAAAAGAAGAACCAGGGACUCAACUAUUGACUGAAGACAUUUCAGACAUGCAGUCAGAAAAUAUAUUUACAACAUCUUUAUUAAUGAUACCAUUAUUGGAAAUACAUGACAAUAGGUGCAACUUGACUCCUGAAAAACAAGAUCUAAAUUCAACCAACAAAACAUAUACACUUAAUAAAAAGAAACCAAACCCUAACACUUCUAAAGUUGUCACAUUGGAAAAGAAUCUUCAGUCAAAUUGUGAAUGGGAAACAGUGGUUUAUGGGAAGACAGAAGACCAACUUAUCAUGACUGAACAAGCAAGAAGAUAUUUGAGUACUUAUACAGCUGCCAGCAGCACUUCAAGAGCUCUCAUACUGUAA